UAGACAGCUGUCAUUGUCUCAUUGUCAUUGUCAAUCGAGUGUUGUUGGAGAAAACGAAGAAAUUUUAUUUGGUUGGAUUGAUUGUUACGUAAAAAUAAUUUACUAUGUUCCAAGUAAUUAGGCAUAGUGCUACCCUAGCUAAGGGGUCAUUGUCAAGGUCUCUCCCAGCCUUCUCAACAUGUGUCCCUCGCUGGAGUGUCGAUCCAUCAAGUGUAAAUGAAGCUCCAAAGAUCGACAACGAUGCAAUUUUGGCUCUGCCCCAGGAAGCACGAGAAAAGUCUGCAUUGGAAUCAACCAUAGUGGUCCCCGAGAAGGUGGACCUCACUCCAGUCAACGGCGUCCCCGAGGAGCACAUCAGAACCCGCCGCGUCCGCAUCUACCAGCCCCCCAAGAACGCCAUGCAGAGCGGCACCAACAACAUCCACUACUGGCAGAUGGAGUUCGACAACCGCCAGCGCUGGGAGAACCCACUCAUGGGCUGGACCUCCACCGGAGACCCACUCUCCAACAUGAAAGUCCAGUUUAAAACCCCCAAGGAAGCCAUUGAGCAUUGUGAGAAAAAUGGAUGGGCUUGGUUCUUGGAUGUCCCGAAAACAGAAAAGGGAUAUAAAGUCAAGAAUUAUGGAAGCAAUUUCGCGUGGAACCGCCGCACUAGAGUCUCCACCAAGUAAACAAUGUUAGUACAGUUGAUUGUUGAUUUAUUUUAUAACUUGAUCAGUCGCAUAGUACGAGUAAUAUAUUUCAGUAUAUGUAUUUAGGACUGACCAGAAAAUACAUUUUUAUUUUAUCAUCAUCAGUAGGUAUGUACAUAUAUAAAUUAAUUUUGGGUAGUCAAUUGCAAAUAAAAUGAAAUAAAAAUUCA